AUGCGCAAAAUCUUGGGAGGUGCACAUCGCCAAGAUGUGGCUGUUGGUGCCCCUUAUGCUGGUGACAAGAGCCAGGGCCUGGUCUACAUCUACAAUGGGCGGCCCGAUGGCCUCAACAGUACCCCGUCCCAAAUCCUGGUGGGCAUGUGGGCCACCACUACCAGUGUGCCAGCUAGCUUUGGAUUCGCAGCCCGGGGAGCGACGGAUCUUGAUAUGAAUGGGUACCCAGAUGUGAUCGUUGGGGCGUUCGGUGUUGACCAGGCUGUUGUUUACAGGGCCAGGCCAAUUGUCCGGGCAAGUGCCAGUUUGAAAGUAAGCCCUCCAGUCUUCAACCCUGAGGAGAAGGGAUGUACCAUAAAUGGCACUGACAUUCAGGUUACAUGCAUCAAUGUCAGUUUUUGCCUCAGUGCCUCUGGGAAACAUGUGCCUCAGUGGAUUGGUUUCAAGAUGGAGUUGGAAUUGGAUAGCCUGAAGCAGAAAGGGGCGAUCAAGCGGGUGCUGUUUCUCAAUUCUCGCCAGCAUCUCUUCCAGGACAAAGUGAUCAUCAACAACGGGCAUGGCGAAAUCUGCCAAGACCUGAAGGUCUACCUGCGGGAAGAGCAUGAGUUUCGAGAUAAGCUCUCACUGAUCCAGGUAGCUAUGAAUUUCAGUCUGGAUCCAACAAUGCCCCUGGAUAAUCAUGGCCUGCAGCCAAUCCUCAGCUAUUCAACACAGGAGUACCUCACUCAGGAGGCCCAGAUACAGCUUGACUGUGGUGAUGAUAACAUCUGUGUGCCAGACCUACAGCUCUCUGUCUACGGGGACCGUAAAACGGUGUAUCAUGGGGAUGAGAAUCCGCUCACACUAAUCUUUGACGCAAGGAAUCUGGGGGAGGGAGGAGCCUAUGAAGCAGAGCUGUACGUAUUUGUGCCCUCUGAGGCAGAAUACAGUGGAAUAGUGCGGAAUGAGGUAAGAUCUGAAACGGAUUACAUUUUGAACGGAAUGACGCAUUCCGCACAGCUCUCAGGGGGUCUCCGCUUCACCGUCCAUCAGCUGCAGGGUGACAAGAAAUCCAUCGAGUUUGAGCUGCAGAUUCGCAGUAAGAACCUCAACAAUUCAAGAAGUGACAUUGUGCCCUACAAGAUGGAGGUGGAGGUGGAGGCUCACAUCAGCACUCGAGGUGCCCCUAUCCCGAAGGAAAUCAUCUUCGCCACGACCAAUCCAAAGCCCAGAAGUGAACCAAUCACCGAAGAGGACGUGGGGCCACCACUCAAAUACGUCUUUGAGGUUUCCAACAAUGGUCCCAGCUCCAUCAGUCACUCGAUCCUGCAUGUGACAUGUCCAGUCCAUUAUCAGAAAGAGCGCCUGUUGUAUAUCACUGAUUAUAAAACUGUUGGACCCCUCCUGAACUGUACAGCUAGCAGCUCCCUCAACCCUCUGCGACUGAAGCUGCAGAGCCCACCAGCGAAGUCAGCCCGGACCCUGAAUGUCAGUUCGGAGAAGACGGAACAUUCUAUCCGCCGUCGGGAAGCUGCGAGGAAGCGACUGGGGGACCUGGACAGCCUGAGUUGCCAGCACGUGGAGUGCCUGAGCCUGAUUUGUGAGGUGGGUUUGCUGAGCAGGGGUGACAAUGUGGCACUGGAGAUCCGAACGCGGGUGUGGGCACGCACCUUCCUCCAGUGGCAGCACCACCCUUUCACUCUGCCGUGCAAUGCCUCAUUCCAAGUGCACAGCAUGCCUUAUCAAAUCCUGCCAAAGGACUACCCGAGAGGAAGCUUGGUGGUCUCGACUCCUGUGAUGUGGAUUAAGCCAGAGAGUUCAUAUUCCGUCCCACUCUGGAUUAUUAUUCUGGCUGUGUUGGUCGGCCUGCUCCUGCUUGCUCUCGUCAUCUUCAUCUUGUACAAGCUCGGUUUCUUCGAGAGAGCCAAACUGCCGCAUGGGACAGCGAUGGAAACGGCACACCUGAAACCACAGGCCACGUCAGAGGCUUAAAGACGACGCGAUAGCGGCCUGGUGAUCGAGGAGUGACACGCUGCACUGCUUCCUUCUCUGGCCCUGCUCGCUCACUCACUUUGAGAGAGCAGCCCUGAGCGAUAUCCUGUCCUGUGCCUGGGUAACAGGCAGCUCAGAGCGACCGUGAACUCUCCUCGAACACAUUAUUUAAGGAAAUGAUUCAAAAGCACUGAUUGUGAUUUGAAACCAUUCUUUCACGCUCCCUCGACGGCUGUAUCGAGAAGUGCUGGGUUUUGAUGUAAAUUUUUCAAACUGUUCUCAGAGUGCAAUAUAUUUUAUAUCUUCUAUUUUUUCUCCCCUGCCCCCCACUCCCCCCUAGUGACCUACAGAACCAGGAUUGGCCAAUGUGAAUCUUUUUAUCUCUUUCCCCCCAGGGAGAGAGGGGAAAUAAGCUGUUUCCCCCUCUCUGUGUUCCCAAAGGUUUCCAAUCGGAACUGUCCAGGGUGCUGCAGGGUCUGAGGGUGUCUCAGAUGAAUGUGCUUCCUCAGAAACUCGGAGCCGGAAGGGAACCAUGUGGGGGAGAGGACGGGGUGCACAGGGAAGGGAUCCUGAUUGGUUUCUCCAUUGUAUGUUCACCGGUGCCAUUCUGUGAGCCACGCAGCAGUGACACCUCCCUCAGAUCCAUUGUUGCCGUUUUACCAAGGGUGCUAUUCUCUACACACAGAACUCACAUCUUCUCUCCCUUAUCCUCCACUGUCCUGGCCGUCCGAAACUCUCCGUCUUCAGGCUAAAGCCUCAAAAGCCCUCCUCCCAGGGCGAUCCUAUUGAGGCUGCCCGGUAAUCCCGGAGUGGGUGUUGUAACCGUGAGUGGCUUGUGGGUUUGGAAAUGAGCAGCUCCCUGGCUGUGAAGAGUGGGGAGGCACAGAGCUGAGGACAUGGAGAGACCUUGCAGCUGGUUCGGGCACAGUUUCAAGGGGAAGCCAGGCUUCAGGAGGCAGGAUGGGGGAGGGCGACUCGACCAUUUCUCAAGAGAGGUCGCCUCAUCUCUGGCAGGGAGUGCUGCCACCUUUCUCUGGUACUGGGAUGGGAUCCACUGCGAGACGUUGGUCGAGUCACUGAUAGAAACCUAUCUGCUCAGUCCGAACCACACGAGACACUUUGGCUGUAGGUUGUCGUUUUGUUGGUCUCCUUUAAUUUUUAUUAAGAAAGUUGUACAUUAAUUAAGGAAUUAAAUUGAAAUAUACCUUUUUAAAACAAA